UCAGAUGGCUUGGACACAUGGAGAGGAGCAGCAGGGAACAUACUGUGGAUGGAGGUGUCGGAGUAAAGGAGAGGAGGAAGACAGCAGUGAGGUCUGUAGAUGUAGUCAAUGAAGACGUGCGACGGUGGAGGAAGCGGACUUUGCUGCGGCAAAGGGAAAUAAAGAAAGACAAAUCACGCUUAUUAAGAUGUAUUUUCCGAUACAUGAAUAUGUUCACAGCGCACUACAAAGCUGAACACACAACCCCAUGCUCGAUUAAAACGCCGAAAUCAGCUUUGCUGUUGAGGGAUUUUUCGGAGUUUCGCAGCAGCAGGUGUGUGCGCUCCAAUCGGCGAUUGGUCCAAUCGCGUCACGUGCUCGCCUCCUUCUUUCACCGAGGAGCGUGUGUGAAGGUUCAGCCCCCAGCAGAGAACAUCACGCGCACAGCAGGACCGCGGCUCACGCUGGAUGUUUCUGAUCCAUCGUGGCUGCCCGCUGGGGAACACUGACGCGCCGUUGUUUUGAAGGCACAGAUGUUCUCUUUCGGACGGUUCAACUGGUGUGCGGACAUGACGCUGCGCUGGACGGACUGAGCUCCUGCUGAAUGGAUUUCUCUCUCCAAACUUGUGGAAUGGGCGGACGGAGAUAGGAAAUGCUGCUCUAUUCUCCUCCACGGAUGAAGAGUUUCGGCUGUGAUGCGUCUGCCCUUCAUCUCCACUGAACCCACUUUGGAUCUGCCCUUUCGCGUCUGUGCGUUUCCAGGAUGGCUCGCUUCUCCGAGGACCUUCCCAGCCGCUAUGGAGGAGGCGCCGGCGGCGGCGGCGGCAGAGGAGGAGGACCGGGCGCCGGGAGAGGGGGAGCCCGGGGCGGAGGAGCUCCAGGCGGCCAGAGGAUGUACAAGCAAUCGAUGGCCCAGAGAGCCCGAACCAUGGCCAUAUAUAACCCGAACCCGGUCAAACAGAACUGCUUCACCGUCAACCGCUCCCUCUUCAUCUUCCGCGAGGACAACGCGAUCAGGAAGUGCGCCAAGAGGAUCACGGAGUGGCCUCCAUUCGAAUACAUGAUCCUGGCUACCAUCAUCGCCAACUGCAUCGUCCUGGCUCUGGAGCAGCACCUACCCGCCAGCGACAAGACGCCCAUGUCUGAGCGACUGGACGACACAGAGCCCUACUUUAUUGGAAUAUUCUGUUUUGAGGCCGCCAUUAAGAUCAUCGCCCUGGGCUUCGCCUUUCACAAAGGCUCCUACCUCCGCAAUGGAUGGAAUGUAAUGGACUUCGUGGUGGUUCUGACCGGGAUCUUGGCCACCGUUGGCUCCGACUUUGACCUACGGACCCUACGGGCGGUGAGAGUGCUGCGGCCCCUAAAACUGGUAUCUGGAAUCCCCAGUCUCCAGGUUGUGCUGAAGUCAAUCAUGAAAGCCAUGGUGCCAUUGCUCCAGAUCGGCCUGCUGCUGUUCUUCGCCAUUGUCAUGUUCGCCAUCAUCGGUGUGGAGUUCUACAUGGGCAAGUUUCACACCACCUGCUUCAGAAUCGACACAGGGGAGGAAGCAGCAGACUGGCCCUGCGGUGUGGAGCCGCCAGCCAGGUUGUGUCCGAACGGAACUGUGUGCAGAGAGUACUGGACCGGACCCAAUUUUGGAAUUACCAACUUCGACAACAUACUCUUCGCAGUGCUAACUGUGUUCCAGUGCAUCACCAUGGAAGGCUGGGUGGAAAUCCUCUACAGUACCAAUGACGUUGCAGGGAACACGUGGAACUGGCUCUACUUCAUCCCUCUAAUCAUCAUCGGAUCCUUCUUCAUGCUCAACCUGGUCCUCGGUGUCUUAUCAGGAGAGUUUGCCAAAGAGAGGGAGCGUGUGGAGAAGAGGCAAGAGUUCCUGAAGCUCCGGAGACAGCAGCAGAUAGAGAGGGAGCUGACUGGAUAUCUGGAAUGGAUCUGCAAAGCAGAGGAGGUGUUAUUGGAGGAGGAGGAUGAGAUCGCUGAGGAGAAGUCUCCGCUGGACGGUGCUUGGUACAAGAGGAAACAAAACAUUCCAGUCAUGAAACGAAACAAAGUCAAAAAGGGUAAAAGCGACCUCAUCGGAGCAGAAGAAGGUGAAGAUCCGUUUGCUGACAUUUCCUCCGUUGCUCCUCCUGGUUCUCCGUUUGGUCGGGCAAGCGUGAAGAGCAGCGGAAAGAUGGACAGCUCUUCCUACUUCAAACGCAAAGAGAAGAGAAUCCGCUUCUUCAUCCGGAGAAUGGUGAAAGCGCAGAGUUUCUACUGGAUCGUUCUCUGCCUGGUCGGCCUCAACACGUUGUGUGUGGCCAUUGUGCACUAUGAUCAACCCGAGUGGCUCACCAGGGCUCUCUACACAGCAGAGUUUGUCUUCUUGGGAUUGUUUUUGUCGGAGAUGACGCUGAAGAUGUACGGCCUUGGCGCGAGGAAUUACUUCCACUCGUCCUUCAACUGCUUUGAUUUUGGGGUGAUAGUCGGCAGUAUUUUUGAGGUGAUCUGGGACAUGAUAAAACCAGGGGCAUCCUUCGGCAUCAGCGUGUUGAGAGCACUGAGACUGCUCAGGAUCUUCAAAGUUACAAAAUACUGGAACUCUCUGAGAAAUUUGGUGGUUUCCCUUCUCAACUCCAUGAAGUCCAUCAUCAGUUUGCUCUUUCUCCUCUUCCUCUUUAUUGUGGUUUUUGCUCUCCUUGGGAUGCAACUUUUUGGAGGACAGUUCAAUUUCGAGAAAGAGACUCCAACAACCAACUUUGACACUUUUCCAGCUGCCAUCCUGACAGUGUUCCAGAUUUUAACGGGUGAAGACUGGAAUGCUGUCAUGUACCACGGCAUCGAGUCUCAAGGAGGAGUACGGCGUGGCAUGUUCUCUUCUGUCUACUUCAUCGUCCUCACGCUCUUUGGAAACUACACACUCUUGAAUGUCUUCUUGGCUAUUGCUGUUGAUAAUCUAGCCAAUGCCCAGGAGCUGACCAAGGACGAGGAGGAGCAGGAGGAGGCAGCCAAUAAGAAACUGGCCCUCCAGAAGGCUCUGGAAGUGAAGGAAGUCAGCCCCCUGUCUGCAGCCAACAUCUCCAUUGCCGCUUUUGUAAAGCAAAAUCGAGAUUCGAUCUCUCGCAGGUCGUCCAUCAACAGCAUUCAGUCACCCAAAGAGCAGCAGCGAGGAGCCAAGACCAUGUCCAUUUGGGAGCAGAGGACGAACCAGCUGAGGAGGCACAACAUGAGAGCGAGCACAGAGGCCUUGUUCAAUGAGCUUGAUCCCGAGGAGCGUCUCCGUGUGUCCUCAGCUCUGCACCUGCACCCUGACAUGAAGACCCAUCUUGACAGACCACUUGUGGUCGACGCUAUGAACGGAGACAUGCCUGCCAGGUCCCCCGAAGGCACACGUGAAGACGUAUGCGAUCCCCGGCACGAGGGUGUCGCAGAAAGCCAUCACUCACACUCCAGAAGACACCAUCACCAUCGAGACAGAAACGGGGAUGGUGGCAACGGUCGCUCGGGGAGGCACCACACACACCACAGCCGCAGCAAAGAUCACAACAGUGCCCAUAUUAAAGAGGCAGGUUCCCCCGAGGAUGAGAGCAAUGAUGCGAGAGCCGCAGGAGAGGAGCGGAGACACCGUCACCAUCACUCACAUCGACCCUCCAAAGAGGGGAACGGGAUGUUACUGAACGGUGAGCGCAGGAGUAAAGCAGGAGGGGACAGUAAUGGAGAGAGGAAUCAGUACAGAGAGGAGAACAAGAGGAAUAAGAAUGGGCACAGAGGUCAUAGAGACUCUGACGCAGAGGAGGGGCUCACAUCCAGCCCUCUGCACCCGAGGUGCAGCAUCCUGAGUCUUGGAGACAAGCAAGAAGACGUUGACAACCAGAAGAACUCCAGCAGGGCCAGCCAGGCUGGACUCAACAGCAGCACCAUCCGAAUUCCUGUCACUAUCACUGCCCCGCCUGGAGAAACAACUGUCAUACCCAUGAACAACAUCGACUGUGACAACCUGCAACUUGAGAAGAAAGAUCUGGAGGAGCAGGAGGAGGACGCAAACAGGCCUCGUCAGAUACUCCCCUACAGCUCCAUGUUUGUCUUUGGACAAACAAAUCCGGUGCGGCGACUUUGUCACUACGUUGUUAACCUCCGCUACUUUGAAAUGUGCAUCCUGUUGGUCAUUACCAUGAGCAGCAUCGCUUUGGCAGCCGAGGACCCGGUUCAAGCCAACGCACCACGGAAUAAUGUUCUCAAGUACCUGGACUAUGUUUUUACUGGAGUCUUCACCUUUGAGAUGGUCAUUAAGAUGAUUGACUUGGGACUCCUGCUCCACCCUGGCUCUUAUUUCCGUGACCUUUGGAACAUCCUGGACUUCAUUGUGGUCAGUGGAGCGCUGGUGGCCUUCGCUUGCUCAGGGACCAAGGGAAAGGACAUCAACACGAUCAAGUCCUUGAGGGUCCUUCGAGUCCUGCGUCCCCUCAAGACCAUCAAAAGGCUUCCCAAGUUAAAGGCAGUGUUCGACUGUGUGGUGAACUCCCUGAAGAACGUCCUGAAUAUCCUCAUUGUCUACAUCCUCUUCAUGUUUAUCUUCGCUGUGAUCGCCGUUCAGCUUUUCAAGGGAAAGUUCUUCUACUGCACCGAUGAGUCUAAGGGGCUGGAGAAGGACUGUCGUGGUCAGUUUCUGGAAUAUGACAAAGAUGAUGUGGCAGCGCAGCCGAGAGAGUGGAAAAAGUACGAGUUCCACUAUGACAACGUUCUGUGGGCCUUCCUAACGCUGUUCACCGUUUCCACGGGAGAGGGCUGGCCGCUGGUUUUGAAACAUUCUGUGGACGCCACCUAUGAGGAUCAAGGGCCCAGCCCCGGCUACCGCAUGGAGACGUCCAUCUUCUACGUGGUCUACUUCGUGGUGUUCCCUUUCUUCUUUGUCAACAUAUUUGUAGCUUUAAUCAUCAUCACAUUUCAGGAGCAGGGAGACAAAGCCAUGUCGGAGUGCAGCCUGGAGAAGAACGAGAGGGCUUGUAUCGACUUUGCUAUAAACGCGAAGCCACUGACAAGGUACAUGCCGGAGAACAAGGAGUCCUUCCAGUACAAGAUGUGGAAGUUUGUCGUGUCACCUCCAUUUGAGUAUGCCAUCAUGACCUUGAUCGCCCUCAACACAGUUGUGCUUAUGAUGAAGUUCUAUGGCGCUCCAGACCUGUACGAGUCCAUGCUGAAAUACCUCAACAUCCUCUUCACCGCGCUCUUCACUCUGGAGUGUAUCCUCAAGAUUAUUGCCUUUGGCCCAUUGAAUUACCUGAAAGCAGCCUGGAAUGUAUUUGACUUUGUGACCGUUCUUGGAAGCAUCACAGACAUUUUGGUCACAGAGAUCAAGGACAAGAUGAUCAACUUAAGCUUCCUGAGGUUGUUCAGAGCAGCUCGGCUCAUCAAACUUCUGCGGCAGGGUUACACCAUUCGAAUACUGCUGUGGACCUUCGUCCAGUCUUUCAAGGCCUUGCCUUACGUCUGCCUGCUCAUCGCCAUGCUGUUCUUCAUCUAUGCCAUCAUCGGAAUGCAGGUCUUUGGAAACAUCGAGUUGAAUGAAGAUACUGCCAUCAACCACCAUAACAACUUCCAGACAUUCUUCCAGGCUCUGACACUUCUAUUCAGGAGUGCCACUGGUGAGGCCUGGCACGAGAUCAUGCUGGCGUGCCUCAGCAACAGGUCCUGUGAUAAACUGUCAGGAACUCCUGGGAAAGAGUGUGGGAGCGACUUCGCCUAUUUCUACUUUGUCUCCUUCAUUUUUCUCUGCUCCUUCCUGAUGCUGAACCUCUUUGUUGCUGUCAUCAUGGACAACUUUGAGUAUUUGACCCGGGAUGCCUCCAUCCUGGGCCCACAUCACCUGGACGAGUUCAUCCGAGUGUGGGCCGAAUACGAUCCAGCUGCGUGUGGACGCAUGACUUACCGCAAUAUGUACGAGAUGCUUCGUGACAUGUCCCCGCCUCUCGGGUUGGGGAAGAAAUGUCCCCCCCGAGUCGCCUACAAGCGACUGGUGAGAAUGAACAUGCCCAUAGCCGAGGACAACACAGUACACUUCACGUCCACGCUGAUGGCCCUGAUCCGCACAGCCCUGGAAAUUAAACUGGCAUCAGGGGUUCUGGCGCAGCAUUUGUGUGACAUUGACCUGAAAAGAGAGUUAAACCGAGUCUGGCCCAGUCUAUCGCAGAAGACUGUCGACCUGCUGGUGACUCCCCAUAAAUACAAUGAGCUGACUGUAGGAAAAGUCUAUGCUGCUCUGAUGAUCUUUGACUACUACAAACAAAACCGAGCCAAGAGACUCCAACAGCAGCAUCCAGGAGGCCCACAGAGUAAAUUAGGGGCUCUGUUUCGUCCGGUCCUUCCACUUACUCAUAUCCCAGAGGUGGAACCCCCAUCACCGAGCCCUAAACAACCAUCACCUCCCAGAAUUGAGCCGGACCCAAGGAUAAAGGAAUCAGACACCACCGCUACCACAACCAAUGCAUCGUCACUGAUGGUGAACAAGGAGACUUUAGCCAGACCAAACCAGCGGACCGCCAUGAAGCAUUCUCAGUCAGGAGAUGUUUUACAGUCUGCACAGAAACCUAAAGGCAGAAGGAAACUGCAGAGAGGCCAGUCUGAAGACGUGCCAUACUCGAGACCUCAGGAGGUGGUUGAGAUGAAGCCAGUUGAGAACGUGUCUGACAAUGAGGCGUAUCCAACCAUGGACGGCCACUGUAGAGCGGCCUCUCUGCCCCGUCUAAAUGCAGAGUACUAUCGGAGCCACCCUCGCCACGCCCCUGGGACCCACCUGGCACCCAUUGUGGACCUCAGCCCGAUAAAACGGUCGGCAUCUUCCCUCACACCACAAAAUCACCUAGAGGGUGGGCUGAGCGACUACAACCUGCUACGGCCUGGGACGGCUCUGUCACCUGCUGGGUCUGGGCAAGUCCAGGACAGAGGUCACCACCAUCAUCACCACCACCGCUGCCGACGCAGGGAGAAAGACAAAAAGCAAAGGUCGCUAGAUGGUGCUGCAUCUGUUCAGCCGUCCAGCACAGUUGGCUCCUUCACUGACCCCUCAGCGGAAGGUCUGACCCGAGAGCGUGCGCGGGAGCGGGACCGCAGCAGACCUCAUGAACGAAGGCAUCACUCAUCGGCAGGAGAGAAGCAUCGCUAUUAUUCCUGCGAGCGCUAUGGCAGCAGGGAGCAGUGUCACGCCAAAUCUGCUGGCCCAAGUCGGUCUACGUCUCCAGGGGAGGGACCAGAUGCUGGCUACCAUAGACAGCCUGGAAGCACAGUUGUUAAACUCUCAUCCAGUGGCGUGACGCCAGGUCGGAGUCGACGUCAGCUCCCGCAGACACCCCUCACUCCUCGUCCUGCGGUGACCUACAAGACUGCCAACUCCUCUCCCAUCUCAAGUAGCACCAGUGCUGCUAUGCUGGGACACCAGACUCGUUUCAGCCAUGGCCUUUCAGAGCACGAGCGCCUCCAUGGGUGCAGCGAUGAGUCCCCUAUCCCGGUCACUCGCAUUGGCUCGGACCCUAACUUGAACCGGCACCCACAGGGUACUCAACAAGCUCAGGUGGAGGAGACAGAAGACUUUCAUGAUGCCGUCAGCAGCCAUACAGACGGACUCUCUGCCAGAGGUGUUGCUGCAUCGACAUCCUCGGCUUCACACGCCACUGCAGCCGUGCCUGCCACAGUGCCCACCACGCAGGGUUGGGCCGGGGUUGUGCCAAAUGGGUACCACUUUGCUCUUGGUGUCAACUCUGCAUCUGCAGGCAGAGGAACAGGAAGCCUCAGGGAGCGGGACGAAGAAGACUGGUGCUAACUUGAAAAAGACAAGUUCUGUUUUUCAUCCAAGCUCAUGAAGACAUGCCUGCCAGUGCUGCCCCCGUCAUAUCCAGCGCGCUGGUUCGAUGCCAAAUGGAGCAGGUGAAAGUGCAGUAAAUGGGGAUCAGAAUCAUUCCAGGUUUUUAUCCUUUUUAUAUUGUGGGAAUACAAAACUGAGGUUUUAUAGCCCCUUUACUUGCACUGAAAUGAUAGCACAUUCAAAAACCCAUAAGUGUUCUGCCUUUAAGAGUGAAAUCAUUUGUGGAUGCGGAGAAACAAAGCCAACAUCAGAAUGCCUCAUACAUAGUUUUAAAGGAUACACAUGACCUUUAACAGCAGAUUCAGUUAUUAUCUAACUUAAGACACCAUUAUGUAGCUUUUGUAUUGCAGCAGCAGUGCAGUGCAAUUCACAAAACAACUCUAGAGUCCGAGAUAUAAAGAGUAUUUUUAAUGUACCAAUGAGAUUAUAUGGUUGUUUGUGAUCAUCUGCAACUUUGACCUCGAGCAACACACCAUCAGUCUGUUUCAUAUCACUACCUAAUUUGUCGUCCUUGUCCACUUUCUCCACUCUUCUCCCAUCAGUCUCCUGCCAACUUAGAUAUGAAGUGACUCCUUCAGGGGAUCAAGGGUGUAGACAUAAGAAAAGGCUAGAAUUUAGAGCAGGGAUGUGCCCUGUCUAGUCUUCCAGCCAGUCCUUGUCUAUGAUCCAAACCUUAAUGAUUCAUUUUAUGCCACAUAGCACCUUCAUUUUGUGCUUUCUGUUAUCAUGCAGUAGUCAUUGUAGUCGGUGAAAAUCACUGAGUGGGAGGAUAAAAAUAAAGCGGUGUAAGAUUUCCUUAAAACAAAUGUUGCAUAAUGUUGCUUUAAGAUCAACUAUGACAACUUCUGCCAUGAUAACAAAAUACGAAAGCGCCAAACUGUAAAGCCAAGUCUUCAUUCAGAGGUUUUGUAAAUGAAACUCACUUCUGAGUGCACGUCGGCGCUUGAGGUGCAGUUUCAUGUGGCUGAAAACUAAGUGCCUCCUUUUAUGAGAUGUGUCCAGAAGAAGUGUGGCUUUAAAGCAGUAAUGCGAGUGUGUUUGUACGUUUUUUUGACAGGAUGCAAAAAAGGAAUCUCUUUUUUUUUUGUGAUUAACUGUGUCGUAGGUCAUUUCAAGUUACUGAUCCAAAGUAAGAGAUAUAGUGCAUGUAGGGGUUUUACCUGAAUAUCGUGUCCGUACUUUUGCUCAAGGGUGUGUGUUGAGGUUAUAUGUUUCAAAUCUCCUGCCAGAAAAUGGUCUCUGGAUGAGGAAAAGUGCCAUUUCAUUUUUACAAUUGAACUAUUAAUUGUUGGACCUGUUUUCCCCAAGUGUUUGUGCAGGGUGAUAUUUUGGCAAGUUACAUUUGCUUAGUGCAGACGUCAACAGCCAAAUUGUCCAUUUAUGCAAAUUAAAUACCACUAAAUUAAAUACUUAUUAUCUGCGAUAUACAUUGUAGAAGACCCUUUGGUUUUUAACCUGGAACCUAAAUAAACUUAGCAUGUCUGUUUGAUAGUGAUGACAGUGAACUUAACUAUCCCACAUAACAGAAAUAAAUGUAAUAAAAAUAUUGAGGAAUGGAUCAAUAGUGAUAACACUUAUAAUAAUAUUUUUGACUGCUGCAUACCUCGAUUAAAACCAAAUAAUUGCCUAAUUUGCUAAGCACUUAAAAUUCAUUAGGCUCAAAAGGAAAUAAAAGUGAUCACCUUUUAUUUUCAGAAAUCAUAAUUGGAAGAAGAAAAUGUGCAUUUGAGAAACUUCCACCGAUACCCUUUAUGAUAAGCAACUGGAAAGACAUUGCUACAUGGUUUAUCACUGUGAGGCACUUAUUAACUGUGGAAUUGUUUUUGAAUUUUAAAUAGUACUGCUGUAUCCAGUGACCUUUGGGAUCGCUGACCAUGUUACCUUUUAAAUACAGUGUUUUUAAACCUAAGUUAUACCAUCACAUGAAGCCGUAAUGCUGACAAUAUUUCAGCAUCUAGUUUUGUCACGCCUCUUCGACGCUGCGACGGACCAGCCUCCACCAAAAGUAUGUCAUUGUGUCAUUUUUGUUUUCAAUAUGUUCUUUGGUUUCAUCAAUGCAUCACUUUUAUUUAAGUGAUUGCUGAACGCAUCAACUGUAUUGAGGGUAUUUACUGAUUUAUUUAUUUGUACAUCUACUGUGUUUUAUUAUUACAAGGUGACUUGGAUCUUCAGGAACAGUACAGGACAGAUAUUUUCCUCAUCCAGCCAGACUACAGUCUUUCCUCUGGACAUGUCCUUUGCAUGUUCUAAAAAGAAAACGUGCAUGUACAAAAAAAAAAAAAAAAAAAAAAAGUGGCAUUGUUUGACUACAUGGUUAGUAAUAGUUAUAUACUGGUUGCAUUUCUGAUGAUCUUAACACACAAUAUGUCUGUUUCAGGUGAAGAUAUAAAACAGCUUGAAUAACAUUUUAACAUAAAACCACCAAAGUGUACAAAGUUUUUUUUUUUUUUUCUCAGAAAAGUGGAUCGAUGGCUGAAUCCUCCGCUGCCUGACUGCCUGUUAUUCAACCGUCUGUCUCAGAGUCGGUUCUAUUGUACCCAUAGAUUUUGUAUUGAUAUGAAUCCUUAAA